UUCUCCCUUCUUUAUUACACUAACCACCUUGCAUGCCUCUCAAUAACUCCUCUGCCCUCUUGUUUAAAUUCUACCCCCCAACCCCCUUGUACAUGCACUUAAAUCUCGAAACCCGAGCCCGUGACAAAAUUAUAUUAAUUUAUCGAGAUUAUUUUUGUGCAUGCAGAGGGUCAUGGCAGGGGAACAGGAGUUUUUGUCGACGGAAAUUGUGAACCGGGGGAUAGAGGCAUUAGGACCGGAUGCUGGAUCCAUGACAUUCUCUGUUAGAGUCCGGAGACGCUUACCGGACUUUUUGCAGUCUGUUAAGCUUAAGUACGUGAAAUUAGGGUACCAUUAUUUGAUAAAUCAUGGGAUUUAUUUAGCCACAUUGCCUGCACUUGUGGUUUUGUUUGGAGCUGAGGUUGGGAGCCUCGGCAGGGAAGAAAUUUGGGACAAGAUUUGGAAUGUCACGGCCUUAUAUGAUCUCGCAACUGUUCUGGCUUUCUUCGGUGUCCUGGUUUUCACAAUCUCUGUUUACUUCAUGUCGCGGCCUAGGCCUAUUUAUCUUCUUGAUUUCGCGUGUUACAAGCCUGAUGAUGAGCUCAAGGUCUCGAAGCAUCAGUUCAUUGAGCUAGCGCGGAGCUCAGGGAAAUUUGAUGAAUCAGGCAUUGAGUUCCAGGAAAAGAUCCUGAGAUCAUCAGGGAUUGGAGACGAGACUUAUAUACCGAAAGCCUUAAUGGCUGGAGAGAAAUGUAGUACCAUGAAAGAAGGCAGAGCAGAGGCCUCAAUGAUGAUUUUUGGAGCCCUGGAUGAGCUCUUUGAAAAGACGCGGUUAAGGCCUAAGGACAUUGGAGUCCUGGUGGUGAACUGCAGCAUUUUUAACCCGACGCCAUCGCUCUCUGCCAUGGUUAUUAAUCACUACAAGAUGAGGGGGAACAUCCUGAGCUUCAAUCUUGGAGGGAUGGGCUGUAGUGCUGGGAUCAUCGCGUUGGACUUGGCCCGAGACAUGUUACAGGCCAAUCCUAAUAACUACGCGGUGGUGGUGAGUACUGAGAUGGUAGGCUACAAUUGGUACCCUGGAAAAGACCGGUCCAUGCUCAUUCCUAAUUGCUUCUUCAGAAUGGGGUGCUCUGCUGUGCUCCUGUCAAAUCGUCGUCGUGACUUUGCAAGGGCAAAGUAUAGGCUUGAGCACAUUGUGCGCACUCACAAAGGUGCAGAUGAUCGCAGCUUCAGGAGUGUUUAUCAGGAAGAAGACGAUCAGCGCUGUAAGGGGCUAAGAAUCAGCAAAGAUAUCGUGGAGAUAGGGGCUGAGGCCAUCAAGACGAACAUCACAACUCUUGGCCCCCUGGUGCUGCCCUUCUCAGAGCAGCUUCUUUUCUUCACGACACUGCUGAGAAAGUACUUAUUUGGAGGGGGCUCAGGGACCAAGUCCCAGUCCUCCAAGCCUUAUAUUCCGGACUACAAGCUAGCCUUUGAGCACUUCUGCAUGCACGCAGCAAGCAAGGUGGUUCUGGAUGAGCUCCAGAGAAACCUCGAGCUCAGUGAGAAGAACAUGGAACCCUCAAGGAUGACAUUGGAGCGGUUUGGAAACGUCUCCAGCAGCAGCAUUUGGUAUGAACUGGCUUACUUGGAAGCGAAUGAGCGCGUCAGAAGGGGCGACAGGAUCUGGCAGCUCGCGUAUGGAUCAGGGUUUAAAUGUAACAGUGCUGUCUGGAAAUCAAUGCGCCGCGUGAGGAAGCCUUUAAGGAAUCCUUGGCUUUGAUUAUUUCCCCAGACUGCAGCUAAAAACCUCAAGUUCUGAAGGCUCAAGAACUCGAGUUUGGAUUGAUUUUAAUUUUUUUUUCCCCCGUAAUUUGGUGAUUAGUAAGAACUUCUAUCGCGAUUUUUUUUCA